CUUCACCUUUAGAUCUGGCUUCAAGUAUUCCCAAAAAUGUCAAAGUUACGUUUUGUUUUCGUUAGUUUGUGCAUUAUUUUUCAACUUGCUUAUUGUACAACACAAGAUGAAACACUUAUUGAAGUUAUUAAAAAAUCUGGAGAUCUACGAAUUUUGGAAAUCAUUCCAGACAGCUUAAUUCAAGCUGGUCAAGAAAUAGCAUAUCUACUAGAUAAUCCACAACAGUCAGACUCGUUUUGCGAAGCUUGUGAACAGAUAUUCGGUGACAUCAUAGAUCACCGAAGAAACGGAACAUCUAGAGAUGAUAUGAUCGUGUAUUUAAACAAACUAUGUCUGACAUAUACAAACCAAGGAAGCACAGCUUGUAAGGGAUUUAUUAAUAUAGAAAUUGAUGCUAUAUUAUACAUUAUAGACCACAAAGAAAAUCUAACUUCGACCAGAUUUUGCGGGACAAGGUUUCAACAUUACCAUUGCGUUGAUCCACAGGCAAAUGCUUGGACUAUACCUUUACCUCCUCUACCUGAAACUCCACAACGAUCAACUGUCAAGGAUGACUCUACCGACCUGAAAAUCCUGCAUAUAACCGAUGUACACUACGAUCCACUGUACACUUCAGGUAGUGAUGCCAAAUGUAGCGAACCGCUGUGUUGUGACGGUGGUACUCCAGCUAAUCCUGAAGAUGCUGCAGGAUAUUGGGGAGACUACAGGGUGUGCGAUACACCAUUGCAUUCUAUAAAAGAUUUACUAUCACGGGUUAAAGAAAAUCAUCAAGAUAUUGAUAUGGUUUACUUUACUGGAGAUAUAGUGAGCCACAGAUCAUGGGAAACGUCAAAAGAGAGCAACAUCGAAGCAAUCACUCUAUUCUUACAGCUUCUUGCUGAGGCAUUUCCAAAUACUACCGUAUAUCCGGUUCUGGGUAAUCACGAAGCGCAUCCAUACGAUUAUUAUGCGCCAACAGAAGUAUCUGACAACGUCAGUUCCCAGUGGGUUUUGGAUCUGGUUUCAGAUGAAUGGUCUCGCUGGUUACCAAAUACCACUCAAUCAACCAUAAAACAAGGUGGAUUUUACACAGUUCUCGUGAAGCCUGGAUUUAGAAUAGUUACCAUCAACAGCAACGUUUGUUAUUUAGGAAACUUGUGGUUGAGUUAUGAUGAUGUAGACCCUUACGGACAACUGAGUUGGUUAGUGGAAGUUUUGUAUGAAGCCGAAAAAAAUGGUGAAAAAGUCCAUCUUUUAUCGCAUAUCCCUCAGGGAGAAACAACCUGUCACAGGCAGUGGGGUAAUCAAUUGAAACAGAUAAUUUUAAGGUUUUCCCAGACUAUAGUUAGUGAGUUUAAUGGACAUAUACAUGCGGACGAGUUCAGGUUAUUUAUAAACAAUAAUAGUGAAGCUGUCCACGUAGCUUACAACGGUGCCAGUUUUACCACUUUUGUUGGAGUCAACCCGAACUACAGGAUAUACGAGGUUGAUAGCCGAGAAUUAGUCGUAUCAGAUUUUCACCAGUACAUCUACAACUUGACAGAAGCAAACGAAAACAGCCAAGUUUCUCCAAGGUGGUUCGAAUUAUAUUCUUUCAAAGAAAAAUACGAGUUGGAGGACUUGAGUUUGCCAAACUUGAAGGGACUCUACGAUAGACUGACCCUAAACAAUUCAGAUAACGCCUUAGUUGAGGAGUACUACAAGUUGAGAGGUAGAGAAGGUGACAGUUAUUUAGCCGGAACAUGCGACAGUAGUUGUAAGAAGACGUUAAUCUGUCAGAUUACAGCUGUGGAAGCUUCGGAAAGUUUGAAUUGUUAAGAUAAAAAAAUUAAAAGGUGUUCUUGAAAAAUAUGAGGUUAUUAUUUUAAAUAAAAGCAUUGAAUGAA